AUGCCAGUCGCCCAGGCCGACAGCCGUCAUGUGACCCUGUCAGGGCCCAGCCUUGCUUGGUGGCGGCCUUCGCCUUCUGCUGGGCUUGGAUAUAUUAGCGACUCCUCCGCUGCUGUCCCCAGAGCCUUUUCUCUGUCCCCGUCGUCCCAGCACACUCGUACGCACCCGUUUGCCGUGGGAUAUCCCCUGGUCGCCGACUCGAGAGUCCACCGCUACGAAUCCCCUCCCCCCCGGUCCGAGCUCUGUCACUGUGCAAAUAUGGCAUCAAACGCCCGGUACUCGCAGGCCCCCCAGCGGGAUUCCAUGGAUGCUCAAAUCUAUCCCCAUGCCCCUCCAUCCUAUCAAGAUGCCGCCGGCCCCUCCGCUGGAAUCUACGGAACGCAAAGAACUGAAGACGAUAACGUCCCAGAUGACUUCAAGUAUGGAGGCUCUGUGGCGGAGGCAGCCAUGCCUAUCCGGAUGCAGUUCAUUCGCAAAGUAUACUCUAUCCUCACCGUUCAACUCAUUCUCACCACCGCCCUGAGCUCAGUCUCCUUUUUCAACACGAAAUACAAGUCCUGGGUUCAGUCGCACUCAUGGCUUAUGAUCGGAUCCCUCAUCGGAGCCAUAGUCUUCAUGCUCCUCACAUACUGGAAACGCAAGAGCUACCCUACCAACCUCCUCUUCCUCAGCGGCUUCACCCUGCUUGAAGGAUACGCCAUCAGCGUCAUAACUUCAUUCUACGACUCCAAGAUAGUUAUGCAGGCUCUUGUUAUCACCAUGGGACUGUUUAUCGGCCUCACCCUGUUCGCCUGCCAGACCAAGUAUGAUUUCACCGGAUGGAUGCCAUAUCUAUUCGGUGCAUUUUGGUUCUUGGUAAUCUUCGGCUUUGUGGCGGCUUUCUUCCCAGUAGGCAAGACCAUGGAUCUGAUAUACGGAGCUGUUGGCGCGUUGAUAUUCAGUGGGUACAUCCUUGUUGACACCCAACUCGUGAUGCGACACUAUCAUGUCGAGGAGGAGAUUGCCGCUGCUAUCUCGCUCUACCUUGACAUCAUCAAUCUUUUCCUGUCCAUCCUCCGGAUCCUGAACAACCAGAGCAAUAACUAG